AUGUUUUUUCCUACUUGUGGCUUACCGGAAGGGCUGCGGCAGACAAGAGGCAGAUACCUCAAGUGCGCGUUGCCCUGGAUUGCUGAGGCAUUCUACAUUCGUGCCGGCGUCCAUUACUGCCUGAUCACUUUGUGUUUAGUCGAAGUGCAAAUAGCUGCCACCCUGGCAACUGCCAGCCUUCGAAACUUCAACUUUGCGAACUGGCUCGGGAAGGCACUUCCAUACAGCUGGGUGUUGGCUGCCGGUUUGGUGGUGGCGGAUUGCUCUACGCUGGAGCAAAACACGAUUGUGCUUCGAAAUGGGGUCAUCACCGGGGCAGCACCAGUUGUGGCUGCAGUGAUGGCUGUCUGCUUCGUACUAACCUUCAUGUUGUAUCUGCUUGCCGUGGUGAAGGUGACCCACCUGAGAUGUUCGAAAGCUGUGGUUUGGUCAACAUCUUUUCAAGCUCUGCUCUAUCCACUGAACUUCACGAUCACCGUGUUCCCCACCUGGUUCAUCCACAAGUCCUACGUCAAGGACUACGGACGCGGGCUUCACCACUGGGUGGCAGCUGUGUGUCUCGACAGCAACGGCUGGAUCAACGCCUUGACGUACAGCUGGCAGAGCGUCAACCAGCACCAGGAUGCCUUCGGAGUUCUUCCUGGCUUAGAUGUGUCGCUGCUGCAAAACUCAGAGGCCGUUGGCUUCGAGGUAACAUAG